AUGGUCUAUGGGAACCAGAGGAACGAUGAGCUCAGGUUGGCAUUUAAGCUGCAUGGGAACAAGCAGAAUGAUGAGAUCACAGUGGAGAUGAAAUUUGCCUGCCUGAGUGUCAGAGCAGCCCUAGAGCUUGCUCAGAGCAGGAGCAUCCUCCUGCUUGAGGCAUUGUCAGGGUGCAGCUGCACACUGACAGGAGCCUUGUUUUUCCAACUUGCAGCAAACUUGCUCAACAGUGCUAAAAUGAUUCAUCAUCUUGCUACUGCAGCUUUUGCUGCAUAUGGCGUUUCUUUUUCCAUCUAUUACGUGACUCACUUUGCACGUCACCUGAAGCAUGUAUUCAGCAGUGCUGAUCCUGAGCUCCUUCUAGAGGAAAAUCAGGAGCAGGCUGCUUCACCAGAGAAGCCGUGCCAGACUCAGGCAGAGCUGUUCCCAGCCCGAGAGCAGGAAGAGCAGCUCAGGCAGCAGGUGGAAGAGCCAGAGCAGAAUGGCCAGAAAAUCAAGGCAGAGCCACAAGCAGAGCUGCCCGAAGCUCAGAGUGCCAUCAUGGCAGUGAAGAGGAGGAACAAGGAUGACAUGAGAGGAAUUCAAAAGAUGAAUCUCAGUCAGCACAGGGGCGAUCAACAAAACCAGGUGAGGGAAAGAAUGGCAGCCACCCUACUCAUGAAACAGAGUCCUCUCCCUUGUUCACAGAACAUCAAGGAAUACCUGCAGGAAGAGCUGCAGAAAACUGAAGCUAGGAUCAAGGCAUUGGAGAAGAGGCUGGAGGAAGAAAUGAAAAUCAUUACAGAAAAAGCUAAUCACCUCCCUCAGGCUCCAGAAGAGCAAGUGGCCAUAAAGAAAAUAAAUCUUCAAGGACUGAGGAAGAAGGAACUAAAAGUCAAUGAACUCAUGAUCAUGAAAAUGAAUAGGAAUCCACUGCUGGUCAACUGUUUAGACAGCUACCUUGUGGAAAAGCAAUUCUGGCUGGUUAUGGAGUACAUGGACGGAGGCACUCUGAGCGAUGUCAUCAGCAAGACCUACCUGUGUGAAGAUGAGAUGGCAGCCAUCAGUCAGGAGUGCCUGCGAGGACUGGAUUUUCUCCACUCAAACCACGUGAUCCACCAAGAUGUGAAGAGUGGCAACAUCCUUUUCAGAACUGAUGGCUCUGUCAAGCUGGCUGACUUUGGCCUCUUUGCUCAGCUCACCCCUGAGCAGAGCAGGCGGAGCUCCGUGGCCAGCACUCCUGGGUGGAUGGCUCCUGAAGUGCUGACAGGUCAACCAUAUGGCCCCAAAGUGGACAUAUGGUCUUUUGGAAUCGUGGGCAUUGAAAUGGUGGAACGAGAAGUUCCUUACUGGAAUGCCACUCCUGUCUUGCCUCAACUCCUGAUAGCCACAGGAGGGAGACAAAAGCUGUGGCAGCCCAACCUAUUUUCAUCUUGCCUGCGAGACUUCCUGAGCUGCUGCCUGCAGAGAGAUGAGGCGUGGCGCUGGUCUGCCAAGGAGCUCCUGCAGCAUCCAUUUGUUACUUCAGCCAAGCCAGCGUCCACCCUGGCACCACUCAUCAACUCAGUGAAGAAGAAGAAGGAGGAGGAGUGGAGAAGAAGAAUGUAACAAUCAAGAUCUUAUCUCCAUAACCAACUUAGAGUAGGAUUGUAGAGUAGGACUCUAGAGUAGGAUAGUUGAGUAGUUUGGGUUUCUAGAGUAGGUUUAUA